GUCCGGAUUUAAAAUUGACGGUUGACGUCGCUGUACGUGGAUUUUAAACUGCAGAAUGAUACAUUGUUGCCUAUGUUUUGAGUGACGUGUUGAAUUUUUCAGCUUUGGACGGUUGAGUAAAUUCACCGAAAUAUCAUCGCCAGACUGUCGCUGAAAUGCCUAAUCAAGGAGACAAGGCGGUUGAUGAUUCCCCCACUGACCUUCCCUGUCUGGAAAAACUUGACUCUCCUACAGGGAGCCCACCCACUGCCUCAUUAUCCAGUCUGAUGGAGCUGGAAAAUUGUGUUUCUAACCUGAGCCUCGCACAUGAGAUAGUGGUGAACAGAGACUUCAGCUUCAAACCCAAGAGCCCUCCCACAGACAGCCUGGAGGGCAGAGUGACGGAGAUUGUUCACCGGGCGUUUUGGGACAGUCUUCAGGAGCAGCUUCACAGUGAUCCCCCAAACUACAGCCAUGCUGUCAUUCUGCUGCAGGAGGUCAAAACUAUGCUUCAGUCCCUGCUGCUGCCUGCUCACGUCAGACUGAGGUCUCAGCUGGACGAGGUCCUGGACAUGGAGCUGAUCCGACAGGAGGUCGAUCACAGAGUUUUGGACCUCCACAGACUGGCAGAGUACAUCAUCAACACCAUGGCGUCUCUGUGUGCACCGGUGCGUGAUCCGGAGGUCAGGGCACUGAAAGACCUCAAGGACCCCGUGGAGCUCCUGAGGGAGAUCUUCCGUGUGUUGGGACUGAUGAAGACCGACAUGGUUAACUUCACCAUCCAGAGUUUGAGGCCUCACCUCCUGCAGCGGGCCGUGCAGUAUGAGAGAGCCAAAUUCCAGCAGAUUCUGGACAAGCAGCCAGCUGCUCUGGAUAAUACCACCGCUUGGCUCAAGGCGGCAGCGUCCGAGGAGGCGUCGGCCCUCAGAGCUCGGUCAGAUUCUCCCAGUCCUGACAGCCCAGGUGCCGUCACCGCUGUCCUCAACCGGGCCUACAUGCGUCUGCUACACUGGGACCCGCAGGACCAGAAAUAUCCAGAGACUGCGCUGAUGGACCGAGCCCGCCUGGACGCUCUGGGCCAGCGGCUCCGGAUGCUGGUCCUGGAGGCGUCAGUGCUGCUCCUGACCAGCGCUCAGUGUGGGGGCGCCGUUUUCUCCCUGCAGGGGUUUGUAGGUAAACUCAGGCAGUCCGUCACUGCCCUGCUGGAGGGCAGUCACACCAGGGACGCUGACCUGAAGGGGGUGCUGCUGGGGCUCGGGGAGACAGUACUGCAGCAGGUGAACGAAGCUCUGAGCAGCCAGGGAGGGGCAGCGCUGCCUCAGGAGAACCAGGAUCUGCUGAAGGGGCAAAUAUCUGACCUGUGGAAAGACAACCACCCCGUCCGCACGCUCAUAGGAGAAAGGGUACAGGGCUUCCUCCAGGCCAUGCUGCGGGGCGGCCCCGCUAAAAGGAGUCCAGAGCUGCCCGCUCCCCUCGGGCUGGUGAGCGCUGAGCUUGCAGAGCUGGGGACGGCCUUUGGGCGAAUCGUGCACUUCAACCGAACGGUCUUUGGUCCCUUCUGCGCGCCCAUCCUCAGGAAACUGCUGUUCCCACCAGGAGAGGCCGAGGCCAGGGAGGAUUCACGCUAGGAUGGGGGCGACCCAGAGGACCUUCUGGUGACCUUAACAUAAGCUGCCAUGUGGCAUCGAACACGUAGCUUUAGUGUAAAUACAGCGAGUGACAAUGAUGAAGGGAAACCCAGUAGUGAGAUGUUAAAAUAUAAAUCAGUUUGCCAAAAAAAGCAGCAACAUUAGAGCCAAGAGCAUCUUUCUGUGGAUGUUUCUUCCUCUUCUUUUGCUUUAUAAGAGACAUUUACAGUCUCCUGAAAAGGGCAUUUGUUUUUACAUUUAUACAUUUUGUUAGAUGUUAAGACAUAAGAACUCAAAGUAGAAGGCAUGUACUGAAUUAUUAUCAGAGUGCAUUUUAACAACACAAAACAUUAGGAAACAAAACAGGUGAAAGCAAAGAGACACUACAACAGCUUGUGGCUUGUCAAUCAGAAAAUUCUACAGUCUGAGUCAGAUUUAGUCAAAACUAAUUGUGAGCGUGAAAUGAUGCGUUGCCUGGAAAACAUCUUUGUUGGGUUUCACUCUCAAAAUAAACUCCCUCAGGAAAAACAAAGUACCAAAGAAAAUAUGCUAAUAGUCUGUAAAUAAUACUGAAGAUGUGAUAUGUAGCUGGUUUCUUAUCUUUAUGCUGACAGAUGUUUAUAUAUAACUUUCCAAAGACAGUAUGCACUUUUUUCCUGAUCUCAGUUAAUGGUUGUUGUUUUUGGUUUUUUUUGUUUUUGUUUUUUUCUUUUUCCUUUUUUUUCAACCACAAACCAAAAAUAUAUUCAGCAUUUCCCCCUCAGUAGUUGGUAUUAGUAAUGGGUGAGGUAUUGAACAGGUGCCUUUUGGUAAUUAAAUCCCAAACCAAUCAUUUUUUCCAUUUUUCAGGCAGUCAUUCAGACUGCGCACAUUAACGUCUCAUCAAAUGAAAAUGCAGACAUCAAAUUUGUGUAAGGAGUCACCGCUCACCUCAGUGAAUUUAAAGCAAUAUUCUGGGAAAACAAUCACUGGAUACACUGAAGACAGACAAAGCUAAACACAAGCAAACAAACUAAAAGCACACACAGGGUGCUACAGAUUACUCUCCUGAAAACCUGUAAUUUGAUUUUUUUAUUACAGUUUCUAAUAAGGUGCAGACGACUGUUGUUUGGUUUUUGCAUUAUAUGUUAUAUUACUGAAACUAAGGGAGCGUCUGUAAUCCAUUUGCUGUGGUAGUAAAGCCCUUUCAUGCCAAAUUUUCCUAUGUUUGGGACACCUGUGCUGUGGCAAGCUACAAACAACCUUUUUAUAUAUUCCUUCUAAUGUUGCAGGAGACCAUUGGUUUCCAUUCAUUUCCAGUACAUUAUGAAAAUCGUUUAUCAGACUCGUAUAAUUCAUCACAGUGAACGUGAAGUUUAUAUUAACUUUUGUCAGUGUUACAUUGUAUUUGUGUGGUAAUGCAGUUUGAACACAGAUUGGUAGGAACAGUCUGCGCUGCAUCACUUCACAGAAAUAAUCUAACUCUGUUAAACAGACGUGAUGUUUACUGUGAUGGGUUGUGCCACAUAGAGUUUCAAGGGUCAAGAGGCAGCCAGCAUAUUUUCAUAUCGUACAGAAAUAAAUACACACCAGUGGACACCUGGAAUAUUAGCCAAAACACAAAACAGCUUCUGAGAUGUUGUAGUGUAAUGUGCAGGAUGGUUAGUGUGAGGGAUUUGUUUUCAUUUGCAUUAAUUAAACGGGCCAAAACUCGCAAAAGCGCUGGUAAAGUCAGUAACAUUCACAGAGCUUAGUGCUUUCUGAAAGACAAAUGCCUGGUGAUCCUUUGAAAAGCCAUUAGGUCUUUUAACAACACAUCCUGCUCUUUUGAAGACAUUUCCAGGAUCAUCAAAGACUCUUCUAACCAUAUGGGGGAAAAAAAUUAUAGUCUGUUGCACUAGAAAAAAGAUUUUUAACCCGUUUCCCAUUUUUGCUCAACUCAAUUACUAAUCCAGGUAACCAGAAAUACUGUAUGUCCACAUUUAGCACAGCACAAAAAUAAUAUAACUGAAAGUAACAUUAGUAUUAACAAAUAUAAGAAAAAUAAAACUUUGUUCAUGUCGUACAAAUCAAACAAGGACAUUUAAACCUUUUUGUUUGGUCUAGAAAAGUCAUAAUUAGGGAAGGGGGUUGAAAAUUAUUUAAUCCAGAUGGUUAGAAGAGUUUGUGAGGAUACUGAAAAUAACAUCAGCACUGCAGUGAAGAUCACCAGGCACCUGACCUUAGAAAACAGGAAGCUCUGUGAGUUGAAUGUUACUUACUACACGUGCACCACCCACUAAUCUCUACUGUAGGGGAAACACUGAUAGUGUGAUUGUACAAUAAUUGCCACGUUGCUAUAAUUGUCACUUUAAUUUUUAAAACAGCUGGUGUAAUGUUUCUUUUCUAUCUUUUAUUACUCAAGCAUAAAACAAAAAUGCUGACAACA